GACGUCCUUUCUUGUUCGCUUCGUCCCAGCUAAGCGAAUAACUAAGAAAGCAGAGACAGCGAGAGGAAGAGUUGGGAGAAAUUGGUGGGGAAGAAAGAGAUGGGGAGCGGCUGUUUCGCCUGCACCGGACCGAAGGUGGACGAGAAGGAUCGGAUCCAGCAAGCCAUAGCAGAUACACUGAAAUGCACUGCGUCAUGGGAUGUUAAGAACCAUAGCCCAUGGAAUGAGGGGGAGACAUCCAGUAGUGGAUCACGACCAAUCGCUGCUCAUAUAUUUUCAUAUCGUGAACUGGCUGCGGCAACCAAGUUCUUCAGGGCUGAUUUCCUCCUAGGGGAGGGAGGAUUUGGUCGAGUAUAUAAAGGCAUGCUGGAAAGUGGCAAUCAGAUUGUUGCCAUAAAGCAGCUCAAUCCCAAUGGCCUGCAAGGAAACAGGGAAUUUCUUGUCGAAGUUCUGAUGCUGAGCCUACUGCACCACCCCAACCUUGUUAAUUUGAUUGGUUAUUGUGCUGAUGGAGAUCAAAGACUAUUGGUUUAUGAAUACAUGCCAUUGGGAUCACUGGAGGACCAUCUUCAUGACCUUUCUCCAAAUAAGAGGAGGCUUGACUGGAACACGAGAAUGAAAAUAGCUGCUGGGGCAGCGAAAGGAUUGGAAUAUUUGCAUGAUAUGGCCAGCCCUCCUGUUAUAUACCGUGAUUUAAAAUGUUCUAACAUUUUGCUAGAUGAAGGAUAUCAUCCCAAGUUAUCUGAUUUUGGCUUGGCAAAGCUUGGUCCAGUAGGUGAUAACACUCAUGUCUCCACCAGGGUGAUGGGUACAUAUGGGUAUUGUGCUCCUGAAUAUGCGAUGACGGGGCAGCUGACAGUAAAAUCAGAUGUUUAUAGCUUUGGUGUUGUUCUUUUAGAGCUCAUAACUGGAAGAAGGGCAAUUGACAAUUCUAGAGGAGCAGAAGAGCACAAUCUUGUUGCAUGGGUUCUUUGCUUGAGGCUUAAGAGAUGAAGGGAAAAAAAAGCCUUGUUGUUAUUCAAGGGAAAAAUGCUCAACUCUUCCUUCUGAUCUAGUUAUUUUUUUGCUUGGAUUAUUUGAUGUAGUAAUGCUAGUUAAUAUGUUGUUUGGUUACAGGCGCGACCAAUGCUCAACGACAGGAUGAAAUUUCGACAGAUUGCUGAUCCAGUUUUUCAGGGCCAGUAUCCUCCAAGGGGCUUAUACCAGGCACUUGCUGUUGCUGCAAUGUGUGUUCAAGAGCAGCCUUCAAUGAGGCCUCUGAUGGCUGAUGUUGUUACAGCUCUUUCUUACCUGUCUUCACAACCUAACAAACCCGAGAACCAACAGAGACCAAACACCUAUAGGCUUACAGCAACCAGCACUCCUCAUCGAGCGAGAAGAGAUGGCGAAAAGAAACUGAGGUGGGGAUCUGAAAGUGAUCAGUUGAGGAGGUUGAAGUGAAAUCAGUUGAUACCCUUUCAUGAGCUAAAGGUUGUAUGUACCAUCCGUUGAAAAAGUAGAUGGAAGUAGAUAUGCUUUGUCACAGAUUAGAGCUUAUCAUCGGCGUCUCUUUUGGUUGGCUUAUUGUUGUUCGAUUACUAAAAUGUAUUCUCUUUUUUAUGGAUAUAUGAUCAUGGUUCAUUGUAUCCAAGUAAACCUGCAAACAGCAUGCACUUUUUUUGCCGUUCUUUUGUUUACAUGGUAUUAAAAUGUAGAAAGUUACACUGUUGGAUUCUUUUAAAUCUUGUAGAAUGAA